AUGCCGUUUGGAUUGUGCAAUGCUCCAGCAACGUUUGAAAGGUUGAUGGAGCUUGUACUUACCGGGCUAAUUGGAGAUGCCUGUCUGGUGUACUUGGAUGAAAUCAUCAUCGUAGGCCGUACAUUUGAGGAACACCUUCAAAACCUGGAACGCGUGCUCAUGAAGAUCCAGAGUGCCAACCUCAAGUUGAGUCCGAAGAAGUGCUCACUAUUCAAACGGCAAGUUAGCUUUUUGGGGUAUGUAGUGUCGGAAGAAGGUAUCCGCACGGAUCCAGAGAAAAUUGCCGCUGUCAAGGAUUGGCCGGUUCCAAAAGACAAGACACAGGAGCUCAAGAACUGUCUGUGCAAAACACCUAUUUUGGGGUACCCUGAUGCGGGCAAGAAAUUUAUAGUUGACACAGACGCAAGUGAUAUAGGACUUGGCGGUGUGUUGUCUCAACGGAAUGGUGAUCAAGAGAUUGUGAUAGCGUAUUUCAGCAAGUCGUUGUCAAAGCUGGAAAGGAACUAUUGUGUCACAAGACGGGAAUUGCUUGCUGUGGUAAAGUCCUUGCAGCAUUUUAGCAAAUAUCUUCUGAGGCGGAAAUUCCACUUACGAACUGACCAUGCUGCACUGAAAUGGCUACUGCAGUUAAAAAAUCCGGGAGGACAAGUUGCGAGAUGGAUUAAACUACUGCACGAAUACGACUUUGUGAUCGAACAUCGCAGCGGGAAAUCUCAUGGCAAUGCAGAUGCAUUGUCAAGAAGACCUUGCCUUGAAAAUUGCAAGCAUUGUACUAGGCAAGAGGGUAAGGAAGUGGUAUCUGUAAGGAUACUUAGGACAGACCAGUUCAGCAAUGAGUGGAAGAACAACCUACAAGCCCAAGUGGAGCGACGUCUCAGCGAUGAGUUCGACCACGAAAAGCUAUUGGGCCGAAUGGGACAGCUUCCUGAUUCAGGAUGGAGUCCUGUACCGUAA